GACGCACGGUCGCAUUUUGUUCGCUGGGUCACCGAGCAGCACUGACGUUUACGGGCCGAUUGUUUACAGCCGCAGAAGCUGCAGACGGAAGGCAGGAAGAAAAGUCUGAUUGUCCGUGUUCUCGGUGCGUGCAAGGGCCGACCAAUUUUUUUUUGUGCAAAACCAAUCGUGUGAGAAGAGUCACUGGUGAACUGUAACAUAACCUACGGAGAAAAGUGUGUUUCCUUCACCGUCCGUUGUGCUCGUGUAAACGUUAGUGUGUACUGUCUUGUACUGAAUCGUGUAAUCGUAGUUGAAAAGCAGCGGGCAGUGUGCCACACUACCAAACGGGCACGUCCAGCUGCAGGUCCCCAAAGAGAAACACACACACUCACACACACGCAUAUCACAAGGGUUUUUUCUUCUUCGUCUCAUUGCAACGUGCGUGCCGUGUAUUGCCUUUCUCGCGCGCGCAUAUGUGUGUGUGUGUAUGUAUGUGGAGUGAGAAUUGUGUGCGUGUCUCAUUUAGUGCGCCACGGGAGAAGGUAUCGCGAAAAUCGAAGCAGCCGUCUCUAGGAAAAAGCCUCGUGUGUGUCGUGUUUUUUUACGGUGCAUUUCGCUAAACCGACGCGUACGUACGGAAAGUCCUGCCGAAGCUCCAUUUUGUAAAUUAGCACACCGCUCUCCUCGUUUCCCGUUGCGUGCACAUUCGGGGGAGCGUUACCUUUUUUUGGGUGGCUGGCCGUGGUGGUAGUGAUGAUAAGUGCCGUUCGGUUGUGUCCUCCGUAGCCGUUUUGCACACCUUUCGUUGCCUUCCAUCAUCAGUGACCGCGCGCGCGAGUGCUUUUGUGUUUCUGCGUGAGUGAGUGUGUGCGUGCGUGUCGAUUUCAUUCUAUUCCCCCCCUUACCCUACACCACCCGUGUUAGCGGGGUCGUCACCCUGCCAGCCUGUGUUGCCGAAUGAAGGGGCCAAACGGGGUAAGCGCCGCCGGCCCACUCCUACCAGUACCAUCGUCAUUCCCGUGCCGUGACGGUGUGCAACGCAUGUAGCGUGGCCAGGAGGAAGUGCAGGAAGCCGACGUAACGAAGAAGCUACCGCGUGUGUCCGCUCACACACACACACGGGCACGCCACACAUCGUUUCACCGUUCACCGCUCCCGUGAAGCGGAGCCAGCGCGGCUAGAACGAAGGGCCCGUGCUAAGCGAGGAGGAGCGGCGGGUGCAGUGUGGUAGAGAGUGAAGAGUGCGUGCACAAGACACGGCACCUUUGCUGGGGUGGGUGGGCUGGUGGACAAAUAAUGUCGGAUGUAAAACGCGUCACACUCACGACGAUCAGUGAUGUGGUGAAAAAGGGUGGCACCAGCCCGUUCGGUGCAUUGUCGUCGGCGUUUGAGUCGAGCACCGCGGCGGCAAUUCACCCAUUCGGCAGCAGCAAAGGAGGGGAGACCACAAGCAGUGGACCGAACGCCGGAAGUGGUGGUGGUGGUGGUGCGGCGACAGCAGCGAAGAAGCUCAAAACUGUCCGCCUCGAGCUGAACCUGUUCGAGCCGACCGCAGACAGUUUUCCCGAGUUUAACUUUUCCAAGCUGAUACACGUCGAGCAGAAACGGCUGAAGAAAGCACAGAAAAAGCAGCAGCACGACGAUGAAGCGAACGGGUUCCUCUCCGACCCGGAGCUGGACAACGACGUUGCCCGAAUGGCCCGGGAGCUGGAGCGAAAGUACGGCUCGGGUUCGGACUACGCAACCAAGGGCAAGGCAGCCCGUCCCUCCAAGCUGGACUACUACGAUCGUGGCGCCGGCUACGACGAGGAAGACUCGUUCAUCGAUAACUCCGAAGCGUACGACGAACUGAUCCCGCAAGAGAUAGAAACCGUCGGCGGUGGGUUUUACAUCAACUCGGGCCAGCUGGAAUUUAAGCAGCUGUCGAACUUCGAGCGCCCCGAAGAUGCGCACCGGAUGCCGAAGCCGAAAAAGCGCGCCCUCUCCACCACAUCCGAAAGCAGCGACGAGGAUGAACCGGCGGGAGAGAAAAAGAAUGCCCCGGUGGCGGAGAGUAGCGCCAGCGGUCUGUCUGGGCAGUCGAAGCAAACGGUGGACAAGCCCGCGGCCACGGCUGGCGUGCUGGAACCGGGUCGGACUCAACCUGAAGGAGUCGAAAAAGGCUCCGAUGCCGGCAAGUCCGGACCGGAACCGGAGGACAAAGCGCGCACGAACGGACACGUGGCCAAGAAGCAAAAGAUCGUAGAUAAUGGGCAGCUGGCGGCCGAGCAAAAGAACAAACCGUCCGCCAGCGAAGGAGGAGGUGGUGGCAAGGAGAAGGCGAAUGGUGUGAAGGAAAAGGUAGCGGUGGCGCCCGGCGGUGUGUCGUCCACCGUUGGGGGCGAGGAGGCCAGCAAAAAGGAUGAAAGCGGUAUGAAAUCGAUCAAGACGACCACCGUGAAGGAUAUGCUGCGGGCCAAGCGGGACAGCUUGCGCAAGAUGGAGCAGGAGAAGAAGGGACGCAGCAGUGGGUCGAGCCGCGUGUCCAGCUCGGAGGCGGAAGAGGACGGCGACGGUGGCGGGGACGACGAGGACGAGGACGAGGAGAAUGACGAGGAAGAUGACGAGGACGACGAGGAGGAUGAGGAGGAGGACGAUGAGUACGAUGAGGAGGGAAGCGAGAAAAAUUCGCCCGAGUCCGGUUCCGAGGUGGACAUUGCGUCGGAAAGCGAAAGCAGCCAUGGGAGUGAAAAGGACGCCAGGGCUGGGAAGUCGGGCGAGCCACUGCCAGUGGCGAAUGGAGCGCUGGACGGUGAACCGGCCAAGGAGCGCAAGCAAAAGGACCGCAAGCUUCCCGAGGACAUUCCCGACCAGCUGCGGCGCGAUGUGGAUGCGCUGAAGGAGCUAGCGCGCGGCCUGUCCGGUGCAGGAGGGAAGCUGAACUUGUUCGAGAGCAAAGUGGCGGACCUGCUGCUCCGCAUCGACGACGGGGCCCGCGCGUCCGGCAGCAGCACGCGCAAUGCGGUGUUCCGCCAUCUCGAGGCGCAGCUGUCGGUCAGCCGGCAGUCGCUACAGCUGAAGCUGAAGAAGAUACGCAUCCGGAAGCUGGAGGGCAGGACGAAAUCGCUGGCUGCGAAGCUGGAGGACGUGAUCGCCGAUACGAUGCCGGCGAUCGUCACCAAGUACGAGCUGGACUGUCUGAAGGUGAACGAGCUGCGGCUGGCGGCAGCGGCCCAAACCGUCACCAACAACCCACUGCCAAACGGGGAGAAGGGUGAUGCCCCACCCAACCCAGUCACGCAGCAGAUACGCAAUCCAAAGAAAAAGUACACCUGGAACGAGCGGUCGCGCGAUCUGCUCUGGGAGCUGUACAACGUGCGCCAGCAGCUGUUUGCCCUGGUGCGGCCGCGCAACCAGUCGGAGGACGAGGUGCUGGCGGAGUUUCUGCGCACGAAGGUGGUGCCGCUAUGGCCGAAAGGUUGGAUACGCUACGAAGACAUACAGAAGGAGCUGGACCGGCGGAAAAAGGCACUGGCGAAGGGUCAGGCUGCUGCUGCUGGUGGUGCGCCGCUUCCGACGGGGAAGAAAUCCACGCCGGUCGUUUCCCCGCUCGUGUCCCCCAGCACGACACCGUUCGAGUCGGCGGCACUGCCCCUGCCCACCGGCAGCACCCCGAACGGUGUGAAAGCACACGAUGCUGCCUGUCCACCCCGUUCGUCCACGCCGAUAAAGUCGUCGGGGAUCAUCGGUAAGGGUGGAGUGGACGGUGACAAGAGCGCCGCCACUGCCACACAUCACUCACUGUCGGCGGCCGCCAACAUGUCGCCCAACGCUGCCCACAAACGUACCUCGGACCAUAGCAUUAUCAACAUUAUGAACUCACCGCCACCACCGCCUGCGGCGGACAAGCAGUCCGCCGGCGAUCAGCGUCGCUCGUUCGACGCGAUGGACACGUCCGGUGCCCCGUUCGCCAAUCCGGACACCGGCGGGACGGUGGGAAGGGACAGCUUGAAACGAUCUCCUGCCACGCCGGCUGACAGAAGGAACCAGGAUCGGCAGCGGUGGAACAGCCGGGAGGACGACAGCGACAGCAGCAUCGAGAUUAUAGCGGAAUACAACGUUCCUAGGGCACCGGUCGGUGUUGGUGGUGGUGCGUUCCAGGCGGGGAAGCUGCCCGCUUCCGCGACGGUGCUGCAGAUGACGACGCCAACCCUUCCCGGUGCAUCGAAUCUGCCCGUGCUGAACAAGGAAAAGUAUAAAAACUUGAUCGCGGCCAAGCACAAAUCGUCGUCGCACGGUGGCAGUGGCAGCAGUGCGGGCUCUAGCCCGAUCGGCAUGGGUGGUGGUGUGAUUGGUUUUGCUGCACCUUCGGGCAAUGUGAGUGGUGGUGGUGGUGGUAUGCAUCUCCCCGAUAUGGCCGGUGGCACUGGUGCUGGGAGCGUCCGGCUAAAGGAUACACCGUCGCCCAUCGAUGUGGACGUCCAUCAGAUCAUGAAGGAUCUCAAAGAACUGCAGGAACUCCAAAAGCAACACAACACCAGCGGUAACCGGAAGCCGGAUAGUUCAGCGUUACAAUCACAACAGCAGCACGCCGCAACGGCAACCACUACCACCACCACAUCCAAUGCAGCAGCCCGCUCCACUACUGUUGCCGAUUACUUUAUCGACUGUGAUAUGGAUGAGGAAGAUAUACUGUUCGCCACCAACUUCACCUACGGUGGGGGUGCGCACAAGAACUGAAUAGCUGUCCCCAUGUGCAUGUGGUUAUAUAGUGUCGUAGUGUCAUCGUCCUUCCUACCCAUCCUGAAGCGUAUCUCGGAAGUGGUGUCCCAUUCGCCACAGUAUGUCGGUAUUGCGCAGUGGAGAUCGUUCGGAUAAGAAAAAAAUGGCAGCAUAAAAAAACCGCAUGCGGCGGGGUUCGUUACUCGCGCGAAUUCAAUGGAAAGAUUGCUUUCCUAAAAAGAUGACCUCUCUCCAAAAGGCAAACGAGGAAAGGGAUUCUCCCGCACGCUGCGCAUGAACGCGCCCGAGCGCAAAACGCCACUGCUGCGUGAAAUGUGGUUUGUCCGGUUGCGCUUUUGUGGCAAACGGCGUGCGCGUCUGCCCGUUAAUGUGUAGAAACCCCUCCCGGAGACUAAUUGGCAGUGUGUAUCGACACGGAACACCUUCUGGACACAGCAAUGCAUAUAAUUGAUCCGAGGGUUUAGUUUAGGGACGUGUGUGUGUUAGGCUAUAGCAGGCGGCUGUAUUUACCCGCACGCACUUCUUCUGUUGCUCACGAAAAAAAUGCCAGUGGAGAAGUGUAAGAAGUAGGUUAAACAAAGGGCUAAAACGAAAAGAAGGAUAUUGAUUCCCCGUGUGGUGGUGGUAGGGGAUGGGUAGGUAGUUGUGGUGGUGGUGCGUUUAACGACAGAUCCCAUCAACCCGAUUCAACUCGCAGUACUCUACCAGAGAGAUCUAUGGGUGCAUUUUUGUUUCACACUCUGUUUUGUACAUUCGCGUGUUAGCUAGGCGACACUCAGUCACAUAAACAGUAACUGCUGGGUACCACACACCACUCGCGGGGGUUUAUUGUAGCAUAAAUAGAACGUUGAUUGUGUAUGAAUUGUAAAAAAACAAGAAGGAAGGAGCUAGAUGGACUGCAUACAAAGAUAGCCUAAAAGAGCGAUAAGAACGUAAGAUAAAUGAUCACUUUAAAUUUAAUACUUUUUAAUUCAACUUCCCACUUCUCACCCCCCCCCCCCCCCCCCCUUUCACCCCUUCAUUACUGCCUAAUGCAGGUGUUACUUACGAAUGUUUUUGUUUGUUUAUCUCUUUAUGUUUUGCUCAUGUUAUGUAUAAAGAGUGUGCGUGUGUGCUUAUGUUUUGCUAUACUAUUUAUCCCCAACAAGAGCCUGAUUUGAUUUUAAAACGUUUCUUUCUGUUUUCCGAUUUCCACUUCUACUGCUUACGUCCCUUCUUAAUGUAGGAUAUGUUUUUUUCUUCUUCCAAACACUCUGGGAACAUUUUUUGUGUAUAAUGUUUUAACUUUAUCCAACAUCGUGCUGUGUUCUGUCUCUCUCCAGACGAAUGGCACGGAGAGGAUGGGGAGAGGAUCAUCCACCGUUACGUUUUAUAAUGAACUCUCCCAGAGCACAGGGUAAACGAGAAGGGAAGGGAAGGGACAUGAUGGAAUCUGGCAAAUGAAUCUAAAAUUUCAGCCUUCUCCAUCAACGGUUCUCCACAGAGUUACAGAAACACACACACAGACACAGUAAGAUGUAAUAAAAACGGAAAUUAGAUUUCUACACUGAA